AUGUGUCGAAAUACAUCGAGCCUCAGCGGAUUGAAGACGGUGGUAUGGAAACAUGAUCCAGUGUGCUUAGGUGUGGCUCAUCAAGCGGAAGCGCUGGUUGCAGAGGUUAAAGAACCGGGAAAACGCAUUCGCUCAACGUAUGAACACGUUUAUCAGGAAUUAUUUUCCAAGGGCGAGGGCAGUGAUGUCACAAUCUGUGCUCUUGGUCACGAAUGGCCACUUCAUCGAAUUUAUCUCAAGCAGUCUCCAUUUUUCGCUGCUCUCUUCAACGGUGGUUGGAAGGAGAGCGGUGACAGACGAAUAACUCUCAAUCUUCUCGAUGAAAAUAUUACUCAAGAGUCACUACACAUUGUUUUUGGCUCAUUUUACAGUGACAAUUUUACUAUUACUGAUAAAACCGUGGUCGGUAUUCUUGCAGCCGCGACGUGGUUUCAAAUGGACGAGAUUCGACGCCUCUGUAGUAACUUCCUUUGUCGUUAUGUGAAGUUGGAGUCCCUUAUCCGUCUUCACACGGUCGCUGCCAAGUAUAACUUACCUGAGCUGAAUCAGGCUUGUGUCGAUUGGCUGUGGCUAUAUCUUAAGCUGAAUCCUGAAAGACUGUACUGCCGAAGCUCGCAAUUGCUUGCUGAAGCUUACAAAUACUUUGCCAAGGAUGCUGCCGGAUUUCUGGAAUCAGCCAAAGGAGCAGUUUAUGCACCUGUCUUCCGAGCUAUCCGAUGGGAACAUGUGAUUUCCCACUUUCGUUCCACAUGCCAAAUAAUUCGUGACGGCAUUGUGCCUCGACGUAAGAUGACCUUUUAUUUUUUUACAGCUAUGGUUUAA